AUGGCUUACAGGCCCAUGAAAGAGGUUCUCGAGUCGCCUCUAUUCACCUUCCAAGUUGGGCCCCAGAAGAAGGAAUUCGUGGUGCAUUCUCUCAUUAUUGCGAAACUGUCUCCGGCUCUCAACGCACUGAUCAACGGUGAAUGGAAAGAGGCAUCCGACAAGCGUGUGGACUGGUCGGAUGUUAAGGAGGGCACGUUCCUCCGACUAUGUGAAUUUGCAUACGGAAAAGACUACACGCUGCCAGCUCCCGAUCUGGGUGAGUUAUCUUUUCCUAAAACCACCCACACUACAACCUCUGGAGCUUCCAACGACGACGACAAAAGCUCAAAUGGCGAAUCAACUCACUCGACCUUCGAGGUUGAUGACGAUAUGAAUUGGGACAGAUUGGGUUGGCCCCAUUUCCCUUCUUGUGACUUCUUCUAUCUCAAAAGGCUCGAACGCUGGGGUUUAGCCAAUGCCCAUCCCAACCCAGAUUGGGACAAAAAUUUGUGGGGGGCGCAAAUGGCGGAAAUAAGCGCGACUUCUCCUCGGCUCUCAUUGAGCAAGUCGAAAUCUAUGCACUGGCUGACAAAUGGGGAGUGGAACAACUGUGCCGGCUUGUUGUUUUCAGAACCUAUGGGCUUCUAA